AUGGCUUCUUGGGAGCCGCUGGUUUGGUACUGUAAACCAGUGGCCAAUGGAGUAUGGGCAAAAGAACUGGACACCGCAUUUGGAGCGUACACCCCUUGUGCCAUUGACUCCCUAGUGAUUUGUGUAUCUUAUUUGGCACUCUUCGGGCUAUGCAUCUACCGGAUAUGGUUGAUAAAGGAUCCAAAAGCUCAAAAGUACUGUCUAAGGACAAAGUACUACAACUACAUACUGGGACUGCUUGCUGCUUAUUGUACAGUUGAGCCUAUGUUCAGACUGGUGAUGGAUAUUUCACCAUUUAACCUGGAUGGGGAGACCGGCGUUGCUCCCUUUGAGAUGGUUUCUUCGGUCGUUGAAGCUCUCUCCUGGUGCUCCAUGCUCAUUAUGAUUAGCUUGGAAAUUAAAAUAUACAUUCGGAAGUUCCGAUGGUAUGUGAGGUUUGGAGUCCUUUAUGUUUUGAUAGCGGAAUGCGUAGUGCUAAAUCUCAUUCUUCCAGUGAGUGCUAAUGCCGCCAGAGUGGCCUUCUACAUGUCUGUGGGCACGUUUAUAUGCAAGGUUUUAUUCGGAAUUCUUCUUCUGUUUCAUUUGCCCACAUUGGAUCCAUAUCCUGGUUAUGUUAUGCUGGAACCUGAGACCAUUGACAAUGGCGAGUAUGAGGCCCUCCCUGGAGAAGAGCAAAUUUGUCCAGAGAGGCACGUGAAUAUCUUUUCCCGUAUAUAUUUUGGAUGGAUGACCUCACUUAUGCGGCAAGGCUACCAUAAACCCAUCAGUGAAAAGGAUGUCUGGAAAUUAGAUGCAUGGGAUCAGACUGAAACACUGAUUAAUAAGUUUCAGAAAUGCUGGAUUGAAGAAUCUAAAAAGAAAAACCCAUGGCUGUUAAGAGCUCUAAAUAAUAGCCUUGGAGCAAGGUUUUGGCUGGGAGGACUAUUUAAGAUUGGCAACGAUCUUUCUCAAUUUGUGGGGCCUGUUAUCUUGAACCAGCUAUUACAGUCAAUGCAGCGUGGGGAUCCUGCUUGGAUUGGUUAUGCUUAUGCUUUCUCAAUUUUUAUUGGUGUGUCAAUCGGGGUGCUUUGUGAAUCCCAGUACUUUCAGAAUGUGAUGCGCAUUGGAUUUCGCUUGAGAUCAACUCUGGUGGCUGCCAUAUUCCGUAAAUCGUUGAGACUAACUCAUGAGGCCCGCAAGAACUUCCCAACUGGGAAGAUCACAAAUAUGAUCACGACAGAUGCCAAUACAAUCCAGCAAGUAUGCCAACAACUUCAUAAUCUGUGGUCAGCGCCAUUCAGAAUCACCUUGUCUAUGAUACUUCUCUACCAGCAAUUGGGUGUUGCUUCUCUCCUUGGAUCGUUACUCCUCAUUCUCAUGAUCCCUGUACAGACAGCUGUGAUUAGCAAAAUGAGAAAACUAACCAAGGAAGGUUUGCAAAGGACGGAUAGGAGAGUCAGCCUCAUGAAUGAAAUCCUUGCAGCAAUGGAGACUGUCAAAUGUUAUGCUUGGGAGAAAAGCUUCCAGAAUAGAGUUCAAGGCCUACGGGAUGAUGAGCUGUCAUGGUUUCGCAGGGCCCAGUUGCUUGCUGCUUUCAAUAGUUUUCUGCUCAACAGCAUGCCAGUUGUUGUGACAUUGGUUUCAUUUGGAACUUUCACCUUACUCGGCGGAGACUUGACACCUGCUAGGGCAUUUACAUCACUCUCUCUGUUUCAAGUGUUACGGUUUCCUUUGAACAUGCUUCCUAACUUAUUAAGCGCGGUUGUUACUGCAAAUGUCUCAGUCCAACGGUUGGAGGAACUAUUUAUGGCAGAAGAGAGAACUCUGGAAUUGAAUCCACCGCUUGAGGCAGAACUUCCUGCCAUCUCUAUCAAGGAUGGACAUUUUUCGUGGGAUUCAAAGGCAGAGAGGCCUACAUUGUCAAAUAUAAAUCUAGAUAUACCAGCUGGAAGCUUAGUUGCAAUAGUUGGUGGAACUGGAGAAGGAAAGACGUCGCUUAUCUCAGCAAUGCUUGGGGAACUGCCUGCUGUAGCCAAUACUAGUGUUGCGAUUAGAGGAACUGUCGCUUAUGUUCCUCAAGUUUCUUGGAUUUUCAAUGCUACUCUGCGAGAGAACAUAUUGUUUGGAUCUACAUAUGAACCUGAGCGAUACUGGAGAACAAUUGAUGUGUCUGCCUUACAUCAUGAUCUCGACAUACUUCCUGGCCACGAUCUCACAGAGAUAGGAGCAAGAGGAGUGAAUAUCAGUGGUGGUCAAAAGCAAAGGGUUUCGAUAGCUAGGGCUGUGUAUUCGAAUUCAGACGUAUACAUAUUUGAUGACCCUUUAAGUGCCCUAGAUGCUCACGUUGGUCGCCAGGUAUUCAACAAAUGCAUCAAGGAAGAGUUGCAAGGAAAGACUAGGGUUCUUGUGACGAACCAGCUACAUUUUCUUCCGCAUGUGGAUAAGAUCAUUGUUGUGAGCGAAAGAACUGUUAAGGAGGAGGGAACCUUCGAGGAGCUAUCCAAAAGUGGCACAUUAUUCCAAAAGUUGAUGGAGAAUGCUGGGAAGACGGAAGAAAUGCAAGAAGAACAGGAGGUGCACGAAGAAGAGCUGGACAGCACAAAUGUUGAGCAUGGAAGGUCAAAUCCCACUAAUGGAGUUCAUGAGUUGACACAGAAUACAGGAUAUAAUAGUAAGAGUGGGAAAAGAGGGAAGUCAGUGCUAAUAAAGCAAGAGGAAAGGGAGACUGGCAUUGUUAGUUGGAAAGUAUUGGACAGGUACACAACUGCAUUAGGGGGUAUGCUGGUGGUUAUGGUAUUGUUCACAUGCUACACAUUAACUGAAGUUCUUCGAAUUUCAAGCAGUCAAUGGUUAAGCAUUUGGACGAACCACAGCGAUUCAGAAAGCUACAAUCUUCCAUUUUUCCUCUCGGUUUAUGCACUUCUGUCACUGGGCCAGGUAAGCGUUACACUGGGAAACUCUUAUUGGUUGAUCACUUCAAGUCUACGUGCCGCCAAAAGACUCCAUGAUUCUAUGCUAGCAACCCUCCUACGAGCUCCUAUGCUGUUCUUCCACACCAACCCACUUGGCAGGGUAAUUAACAGGUUUGCAAAGGAUCUUGGGGAAAUAGAUCGCAAUGUUGCCGGUUUUGCCAACAAUUUUCUGAACCAAGUCUGGCAGCUCCUUUCCACAUUUGCCUUAAUAGGCAUCGUGAGCACUCUGUCUUUGUGGGCCGUAAUGCCUCUUCUCAUCUUGUUUUAUUCAGCCUAUUUAUUCUAUCAGACCACUUCCCGUGAAGUGAAACGCUUGGAUUCCAUAACCAGAUCCCCAGUUUAUGCACAAUUCGGAGAAGCACUAAAUGGCCUGUCCAGCAUUCGUGCGUACAAGGCCUAUGAUCGGAUUGCCGAUAUCAACGGCAAAACAAUGGACAACAACAUCAGAUUCACCCUUGUGAACAUCAGUUCCAAUCGCUGGCUCACCAUAAGACUGGAGACGCUGGGAGGAGUCAUGAUCUGGUUAAUAGCCACCUUCGCAGUCUUGGAGAAUCAAAAAGCCGAAAACAGGAUUGCAUUCGCUUCUACCAUGGGCCUACUGCUGACUUACACUCUCAACAUUACCAGUUUGUUGAGCGGUGUGCUGAGGUCGGCGAGUCGAGCCGAGAAUAGCUUCAAUGCUGUUGAGCGUGUGGGCGAAUACAUGGAGUUGCCCUCAGAGGCUCCGGCAGUUAUCGAGAGCAAUCGUCCACCACCUGGAUGGCCUUCAUCAGGUUCAAUCAAGUUCUCAGAUGUUGUCCUGCGUUACAGGCCAGAACUUCCACCGGUGUUGCAUGGAUUAUCGUUUGCGGUUGCUCCGAGUGAGAAGCUUGGCGUGGUUGGAAGAACUGGAGCGGGGAAGUCCAGCAUGCUUAAUGCAUUGUUCAGAAUUGUGGAGGCUGAGAGGGGAGAGAUCGUGAUUGAUGGAUGUAAUGUUGGGAAAAUUGGGCUCAUGGAUCUUCGGAAAGUUCUUACUAUCAUACCACAAGCACCGGUUCUUUUCUCUGGAACUGUGAGAAUGAAUCUGGAUCCAUUUAGUGAACAUAAUGAUGCAGACCUCUGGGAGGCACUGGAAAGGGCACAUCUAAAGGAUGUGAUAAGGAGCAAUGCUUUGGGUCUGGAUGCUGAGGUUCUGGAGGGAGGAGAGAACUUCAGUGUUGGACAGAGACAGCUAUUGAGUUUAGCUCGAGCAUUGCUACGGAGAUCGAAAAUUCUUGUACUUGAUGAAGCAACUGCUGCUGUUGAUGUGAGAACUGAUGCACUCAUACAGAAAACAAUCAGAGAAGAGUUCAAGUCCUGCACAAUGCUUGUAAUUGCUCACAGAUUGAAUACUAUCAUUGACUGCGACAAAAUUCUCGUGCUUGAUGAUGGCCGGGUAAAAGAGCAUGCUAGUCCGGAGGAACUGCUUUCAAACGUAGAGAGUGCGUUCUACAAGAUGGUGCAGAGUACUGGAUCAGCAAAUGCUCAAUAUCUAAGCAGCUUGGUAUUUGAAGCCAAAGAGAGCAAGUUCAACGGCAAUGGAAACACCAAGAACCUAGAUGGGCAGAGGAAAUGGCUUGCUUCCUCGAGAUGGACAGCUGCUGCUCAGUUUGCACUAGGUGUUAGUCUCACUUCUUCAACAAAUGACCUUCAGAGUUUAGUUGUUGGAGAUCGCAACGACAUUCUCAGGAGGACGAAAGAUGCUGUCUUAACCCUUCAGGGAGUGCUGCAAGGGAAGCAUGACGAAGUAAUAGAUGAUACUCUCCAGCAACAUGAUCUCCCCAGAGAAAGAUGGUGGUCGACUCUCUACAGAAUAGUUGAAGGUCUAGCGAUGAUGAGCAGGCUGGCUAAGAACAGGAAUCCAGUUUCAGCAUACGAAUUAGAGAACGAACCAUUGGACUGGGACAAUGAGGAAAACUAG